AUGGCGCUCUCCCCACCCGCCGGCACGUACGCCGUCCUCGGCCACAUCGUCGACGCUCCGCAGCUCGACGUGGUGCGAGGUCUCGACGAGCCAUCGCUUGUCGUCGUCUCUGGCAGCGGCGAGAUCGAGUCGGUCCACCGCGCCGGCGCCGCCGACGCCGCGGCGUCGCUGGAGGCGUCGGGCGUGACCGUGAUUCGGCUCGGCCAGCGCGACUUCCUCGUGCCGGGCUUCAUCGACUGCCACGUCCACGCUUCGCAGUGGGCUUACAUGGGGACGGGGAUCGACCGACCGCUCAUGGCGGACGACGGGUUUCUGGCAAAGUACGCCUUCCCGGCAGAGUCGGCGCUCAACGCCCAGACGGCGGGAGAGGUGUACCGCGCGGCGAUCGACGACAUGCUCCGAAACGGCACCACCACGGCACUCGUCUGGGGCUCCGCCCGUCUGGACGCCUCGGAGGAGUACGUCAAGGCGGUCGUCGAGCGGGGUGGUCCUCGCUCGCUGAUCGGCAAGGUGAGCAUGGACCGGCACUGCCCGGAGGGGUACGUCGAGACCACGGCGCAGUCGCUCGCCGACACCGAGGCCUUCGUGCUGCGCACCAAGGCGGCGAACGACGCACUCGGGCUGCCUGCCGGAUCGCCGCCGCUCGUCGCGCCUGCGAUCACGCCGCGCUUCCUGCCGACGUGCACCGCCGAGCUGCUGCGUGGGCUGGGCGCGCUGGCGGAGAAGCACGACUGCUUCGUCCAGAGCCACCUCUCCGAGUCGUGCGACGAGCUCGCCUUCUCGUCCUCCCUCUUCCCUGGCUUCCGCUCGGACGCGGCCGCCUUUGCCGCGUUCGGGCUGCUGCGGCGCCCGUCGCUCAUGGCGCACUGCGUGCACCUGCAGCCGGGCGAGGCGGAGCUACUGCUGCAGCACGGCUGCGCGAUGGCGCACUGCCCGACCUCGAACUUCUUCUUCGCGAAGGAGGCGCUGCCGGUGCGCCAGAUGCUGCAGCUCGGCGUCAAGGUCGGCCUGGGCACCGACGUGGCGGGAGGCUACUCGCCCGCCAUGCUCGUCUCCUUGCGCCACGCCGUGCUCGCCUCCAAGACGCUCCAGUUCCGCCGCGCAAAGGGAUGCGCGACGCUGCGCGACCGGCACAACCUCUCGCACACGGACGGGCUGCACCUUGCGACGCAGGCGGGCGCGGACGCUCUCGGCUUUGGCGGGAGUCUGGGCAGCUUCGACGCGGGCAAGCGCUUCGACGCGGUGGUGUGGGCCGCCGAGGGGCCAAACGUGCGCUGCUACCGCGGCGGCGUGGCAGAGGAGCCGAGCGACCUGCUGCACAAGCUGCUCACAAACGGCGACGAUCGCAACAUCAAGGCGGUCUACAUUGGAGGGAGGCGGGUGGUGUAG